CUCUGUGUGACUGUGUCUCUGUGUGACUGUGUCUCUGUGUCUCUGUGUCUCUGUGUCGCUGUGACUCUGUGUCUCUGUGUCGCUGUGACUCUGUGAUCUCUUGUCUUCCAGGGAGUAAUCCUAGUGGUUGUGAAGGGGAGAGGAGACGGAAGUUGUCCUGGCUUUUCUCCGGGCUGGUUGGUCGCUUCAGCCCGAGCAGCAUCUUCAUGGUGCCAGCAUCUCCAGUCCAAGAGAAGGUUGUUGAGGCUCUAACCCGCUGCGGCCCAGAUGUGAAACAGCUGUUGAGAAAGUCCCGCCUGCUGCUCGCUGCACUGAAGGCUGGACAGUGGGACACUGGCCACCUUGAUCUAGAAAUAGUUCUCAGCCAGUUUGUGCAAGAAAUGUUUCUGACCAAGGACCUCGCUCCCCUCGAUCUUCACCUUUCUGGAUCCCCCAAAGUGUUUAUUGAAAACCUGUUUGGAGGCACAUUUCUGCGACAAGUGGCUGCGUUCAAUUUCACCGGAGGCAUCGGGAGAAUGGGGACAUUCAAUUUCACCCAGUUGUUCCAGCAGAUUGGCCUAACGGGAAUGUACAGCGGGGAGAACUUUGUCGAACUGGCCAAACUCUUUUCCACUGUCGAAGACUCUUACCUGUCGGCAGGGCGGCCAGGGUUCUCGAGGGACUCCUUCACAUUGAACCAGACUAUCUUGGACAGUUUGGGUGGAGAGGUUAAUCUGCAGGUGAACCAGAAUGUUGUGCAUCUUCUGACUUCUCUGCUGGAGCAAGGUGACGUUCUCAGUACGUUGCGGGACAUUGUGGGCUUUGUUGGUGUGGAUGAGGGCAACCUCGCUGAGAUGAUGCGGGUGGUGUUUCGAGGCGCUAGGACAGGUGUGUGUGGCCGUCAGAUGGAGAGACUGUACGUGCCACACUGCACCCAAGGUGGGGACUACCAGGAGGUCCAGUGUCAAGGUUCGCUCUGCUGGUGUGUGGACCACCAGGGGCUGGACAUUCCAGAUACACAACGUCAGGGUGAGAGACCUCCGUGUCCCACCGCAUGUGAGCGACAGCGGCCACGGUCUAUGGAGCAGCGAGCGAGCGGGUCCCUGGUGUUUGUUCCGUCGUGUGGAGUAGACGGCAGCUUCCCGCCCAGGCAGUGCGAUGGGACGUGUUGCUUCAAAGUGGAUCUGCAGGGAAGGAGGAUAACAACACAAGGAACAUCAGUUGUGAAGUGUAAGUCCCAGAAACAUAGAAAUAUGUACAAUAGGUGCAGGAGUAGGCCAUUCAGCCCGUCAGGCCAGCACCGCCAUUCAAUGUGAUCAUGGCUGAUCAUCCACAAUCAGUACCCCGUUCCUGCCUUCUCCCCAUAUCCUCUGACUCUGUUAGCCCUAAGAGCUAAAUCUAACUCUCUCUUGAAAACAUCCAGUGAAUCGGCCUCCACUGCCGUCUGUGGCAGAGAAUUCCACAGAUUCACAACUCUCUGGGCCAGUUCUGUCCUCACCUUUACCUGCUGAAGGUGUUGAGCAGAUCGAUGACGGUGGCAUGCUGGAGAAAC